AUGGCUUCGCGCCGUUGUACCGCUGCUCGCCGGCCCGGAGCGAAUGGCCCCCCUGACAACAAUCAUGCAGACUUUCUCAACCUUGUCGCUCAGCGGGAGGCCGACGGCCGCGUGUCCAAUCGCCCCCUACCUUUGUCGGUUGAGGAACAUGCCGCGCACAGAAAACGACUCGAGAGCGUUCGCUUUAUUAAACCGAAAUUCGCCGACGAGACCGAGAUCAAUAUGUCUGGCAUGUUGGGGAAAGGGAAACCGGCUACGAUCAAGAACCUGACAUGCGAACUAACGAUGGACUUCUUCCUGUUCGUCUGUGGCAACUAUAACGUCAAGUCAUGGGGAACAUCACAUGUAUACAUCCGACAGUUUCAGCAGCUGUACACCACCAUCGCCGGCCGUUACGUCGAUAGGAAUGAUGCCAAGGAGGUCUACAAGUAUUGGUCCCACGCUUUGGCCUCCGCGAACCAAAACGUGAAUGGUAAACCUGUGGUUGGUGCAGACGAGGUGCGGGUUCUCCUCACGUUCAACAUAGCCUAUGACACUAGCAUCUUUCCUGGCGAGCGUCACCGGCUUAAUCAAGCCUGUUGCUACCUCAUUCUGAGCUAUACUGGCGCCAGGAUCGCCGAGCUAGUUCACAACCAGCGGCAGCGACCUCAAGACGGCUCUAUGGAAGAGCUUUUUGGCCUCAAGGUUGUCCCGUCGGAAGGACGACAGACCAUCAGUGAAAGUGCCGACAAGGACGAAGGAGGAGAAUCUGAAGUCGCACAAGAUGAAGAGUCCCUGCGCCUAGACGAGAUCCCCUGCACGCAGACCACAGGGCGCGGACGCCCAAAAGCCCUCUGCUACGAGGACAUUUCCAUGAUGAUUGUCGAGCACCCGGUGACGCGUCGAGCCAUCCCGGUCAUGUCGAUCAAGUUUGUUCACCAUAAGGGAUCAGACAACAAGCCAAAACCCACCAUCUUCUCCUUCACGCCCACCAGGGAGUUAAUAUUUUGUCCCGUCAGCAUCAUGAUCGCCCUCGCGCUGCAUGACCAGGCUUUCGACGCGCCGAGCUUGACGAACGCUACACGGGUCCUCGGGACGAAGAACUGGGGUUCCACUAAAUGCACUCCGCUCCGGUGGAAGGAAGACGUGAAGAAGAUUCCUGUUUUUCGGCGCUUCGGGCGUGGUGGAGACCUGUCCAAGACCGAGGACAUGCUGCACAGCAAAUUCAGAGACGACCUUGGUCGACAAAGUCUGGACGCUGGGUUCGAGCAGCGCUGGACGGCCAAGAUCUUCCGCAGAGGAGCGUCUGAUGCGGCUAAUGGAAAUGCGCCUGACGUAGUACGCGAUCAAAUGAUGCGCCACGAUUCGAAGUUCGCCACAUUUCACGGCGCCUACCUCAACGAGAGGGUUCAGUUCGACUUGCAAAACACGUUUCUGGAAGAAGAGACUGAAGAUCAAUUGUACCGCUUGUUCGCGCACGUCAGCCUGGCCCGUGAUCCUCGGGCGAAGCGAGAUAUGGUCCCGGCAGAGGUGUGGGCGAAUCUCCCCCCCGACCCAGAGAUUGUUGAGCUGCAACAAGAGCGGACGGCGCUAAAGCAGUGGUCGUAUCAAAUUCGAGGCCACAAGUAUGAAGUCAAGAUCCGCCAGCUCACAGAGACAAUCAGGACGAUGCGAGUAGGGCGUGAGGCCAAGAUUGUAGACCAAUAUCGGAAACAUUACUUCUACAACCGGCCAACCUGGAACAUCGAGAGGCAAGCGCGAGACGAGGAGGAAGAGGAGUAUGUCGAGCCAGCGAUUGACCUCGAGAUUCCCGACCGGGCCCGGCUCGCCGAGAUUUUAUGCAAGCAGCCCAAGGAUCUGAGUGAGACGGAAGUUCACCAGCUACGAAUCGAGGCUAUUAACACAAUGGUGGCGUUAUGCGAUAGGCGGGAGACGAUCAAGCGCGAACGCUUACGAACCCGACCGCAGAUGAACAUAUCCAUCAAGCAGGAGACGCCUAAACACCUGAGCAAGAUGAUUUCCCCCUACUAA